UUAGCUCCAUUCUAACUUCUCAUUCUUCUCACUUGCUUGACAAUGUCCAAGGCAAUUCAAUUCUUUGAUCUCAACACCGGAGCCAAGAUCCCUUCCGUUGGCUUGGGAACUUGGCAAGCCGAGGACGAUCCUGGCCUCGUUGCUGAAGCCGUCGCUACUGCCAUCAAGGCCGGUUACCGUCACAUUGAUUGUGCUCAAUUAUAUGGCAAUCAGAAGGAGAUUGGCUUGGUGUUGAAGAAGUUGUUCGAUGAGGGCGUAGUGAAGCGCGAAGAUUUGUGGAUUACCUCUAAACUCUGGAAUACUGAUCAUGCUCCAGAAGAUGUACCACUAGCAUUGGAAAAGACUUUGGCAGAAUUCCAGCUUGAUUAUGUUGAUUUGUAUCUUAUCCACUGGCCAGUUGCGAUAAAGAAAGGACCAAUAGGCGCCGAAUUCACGGCUAAGGCUGAAGAUCUUUUGAUACCUAACUUAGCCGGCACAUGGAAGGCAAUGGAAGCAUUGUAUGAUUCUGGCAAGGCAAGGGCUAUAGGUGUAAGCAAUUUCUCUAUCAAGAAGUUGGGAGAUUUGCUUGAGGUUGCUCGUGUUCCACCUGCUGUCAAUCAAGUGGAAUGCCAUCCUUCCUGGAGGCAGGACAAACUCCGCGAUUUCUGCAAUUCCAAAGGUGUUCACUUCUCUGGUUAUUCACCUUUGGGCUCCCCAACCUGGCUUCACACUGAUGUCCUUAAGCAUCCAAUUCUAAAUGAGGUUGCUGAGAAACUAGGCAAGACUCCUGCUCAGGUAGCUCUUCGUUGGGGAUUACAAAUGGGUCAUAGUGUGCUUCCCAAGAGUGCAAAUGAAAAAAGGAUAAAAGAAAACUUUGAUGUUUUUGAUUGGUCUAUACCUGAACACUUGUUUGCUAAAUUUGCUGAGAUUGAACAGGCAAGAUUACUGAGGGGUGACAUAUUUGUUCAUGAAACCUAUGGUGCCUACAGAUCUGUUGAAGAACUUUGGGAUGGUGAAAUCUAAGCGGUCUUCUCAUAGCUGAUUUGGUUGGAAGAUGGAAGAAGAGAAGACCUUUUGUCUUGGUGUUGUGUUCUUUUUUUAAAUAAUAAUAUUGUGUUGUUAGACUUGUCCAAACAAAACAAAAAUGUGUUGUUAGACCGUUUACUUGAUGAAAUUUUAUGAAGUGCUUGUUUUGAGACUCUAUAUAUUAGCUUUCAUUU